AUGGCACCAUCAAUGCCAGGACCGAAUGAAAAAGCGGCACCGCGCUUUGAGAGUUCCUCUGAUCCUGAGGAACUUGAGCGCUUCUUCUCGAGGUUAGAAGACCUCUUUGACAAGUGUGUGGUCGACGAUGAUGAGGAGAAAAAGAAAGCAGCAAUAUCUUAUACAGAUAUCAAGACAGAGCGCCAGUGGAAAGUGCUUCCUAGCUUCGCUGCUGGUGAAAAAUAUGAUGACUUUAAAUCUGAAGUGCUAGACUGUUACGAUGGUGCACGGGACAGUGAUAGAGAUGCGAUGUUAGAACUCAAAAGGCUA